UCGCAUCCCCGUUUUCCAAAAUCUCUCUCUCUCUCUCUCUCUCUCUCUCUCUCUCCCCACCUUCUUCUUCUUCCUAUAAAUCCAAACCCUAAACCAAAAAGAUUUGUCUCUGCUCACAUCACUUUCCAAAACCCAAUCUCUCUCACUCCUUGUUCACUUCGUCUUCUUCUUCUUCUUCUUCUUCUUCCUCCAGAAGAGACAGAGCAAUGGCGUUAAGUUCAAGAGGGUUCAGAGCCAAUCCAGAGAGCUUCCUGGUUCCGAGGAGAGUGAAGGAGCAAGAGACGAGCCCCGAGCGGACCAGGAUCUGGUCGGAGCCCCGACACAAACCCUCCGGCCACCGGAAAGUCCCCGUCGUUUACUACCUCUGCCGCAACGGCCAGCUCGACCAUCCGCAUUUCAUGGAAGUCACUCUCUCUUCCCAUGAGGGUCUCUAUCUCAGAGAUGUGAUGAACCGCUUGAAUGAUCUCCGGGGCAAAGGAAUGGCUACUCUCUACUCUUGGUCUUCCAAACGGAGCUACAAGAACGGCUUCGUUUGGCACGACUUGUCGGAAAACGACUUCAUCUUCCCCGUUCAUGGCCAAGAGUACGUCCUUAAAGGUUCUGAGAUUCUCGACCCUUGUCUCGUCCAAAACCCCAGAAGCCUCCUCGAAACGUCGUCGUUCAGGGCUCCGAGAACGUUUGACCCAGUCAACACCGGAAAAGACUCCGACUUCCCGGCCGACGUGGCUCGCCGGAGGAACCAGUCGUGGAGUUCCAUCGAUCUCAGCGAGUACAAGGUGUACAAGGCCGAGUCCAGCGCCGAGUCGACCCAGAAACUCGCGGCGGACGCGUCGACUCAGACCGACGAUCGGCGACGGCGGAGGAAGCCGGUAAAGGACGAUGAACCGUCGGUGAAGAGCCCCGAUCCGGAGCCGGAGGAGCCGUACGAAAACCAAAGUACGGAGCUGAGCAGGGACGAGAUAUCACCUCCACCGUCGGAUUCGAGCCCCGAAACCCUAGAGACGCUGAUGAAGGCAGAUGGACGGCUGAUAUUGCGUCCCGGCGAUGUUAACGAUCAGGCCUCUAAUCGGACGGUCGAGAAUUUCCCGAGCGGGAGAAUGAGGGCUUCUACUGUGCUCAUGCAGCUAAUAUCGUGCGGUACGAUGUCGUUUAAAGAGUGCGGGCCCACUUUGAUGAGAGAUCAAGGGCUGUCGUUGCACGGCCUUACCAAACCUACACUAACACGGGGAGCAGCGAACCCUAGCCUCAUGAGGGCAGUGGCAGAGAAGGAAUUAAAUAGUUUUGGAGGGGUAAAGUUGGAAGAUAAGGAGUAUUUUAGUGGAAGCUUGAUUGAGACCAAGAAGGAACUCGUUCCUCCUCCUGCCUUGACGAGGUCUUCUUCUUACAACGCAGAUGGGAGUUCGAGGUCGGGGCUCGCAGCCGAGAAGGAUGGGGAAGAGACAGUGAGGGGGAAGUGCAUUCCGAGAAAACCCAAGUCGGCGGCUCCGAACAAAGAAUGCGACAGCAGCGGCAGCAAAGCCGGUGUUGAGAAACGGCACUAAUUCCUGUCGAGGAAGAAGCAAACGGCACGAAGUCUAACCACAAAGGGCCGAAGGGAACAGUGAGAGAGAAAAAAAAUAGGAGCGAGUUUGGUGUAGCAUUGACAUUGUGAAUUGCGUAGGUGACUUAAAGAAUUAUGAGUAAAAGGGGAUUGAUUUUAUAAUCUCUAUAAGGUUUGACCAUUGCAUUA